AUGUCGUUCCUGAGCGGUGGCGCCGAGUGCUCGACUUCCGCGAACCCCCUCAGCCAGCUACACAAGCACGUUCAAGAUGACAAGACCCUACAGCGUGAUCGGCUCGUCGGCCGAGGGCCGGGGGGGCAGUUGAACGGGUUCCGAAGCCAGAACGCCAACGCCCCUCAGGAUGAGAUGAUGAACGGUUUCCUCAACAGCGGCCCCAGCAUGCAGCAGGAUUUCCCUAUGCAGCCUGGCCAUAUCGGCCCCCUCCAUCCCGCACAGGAAGCCCAGAUGCGAGCCAGCUCUGCGUCACCGACGUGGGCACACGACUUUAACGGCCAACCUGCCAUGGAGUCGGCAUUCAAGCCCCCGGGAGCGCAAUUCAGCGCCGACGAGUUUUCUCGAUUCCAACAGCUCAACGGCCAAGGAUCUUCGGCACAAGCGAACCCAAUGCAGACCGGAAUGACCAGUCAAAUGUCCCCAAUGUCCCAGAUGGCCCUGCCGAUGAUGGGCGUGGGCAUGAUGAACCAAAGAAUGGGCUUCGGCCAACCGAUGUUCCAGCCCAUGUACCAGAACCAACAACCCAUGCAGCAGCAACAGCCCGAGGGUAAGGGUAAGGGCCGAAUGGUCGAGCUCGACGAACACAAGUGGGAGGAGCAGUUUGCCCAGAUGGAGCUGCAAGAUAACGGAAAGCAGAAGGAGACCGAGGCGACUGCUGCAGAGCGCGAGCUGAACGAGAUGGACAAGGCUAUGCACUCUGAAACCAAUGAGUUCGGUGACUUCGAAUCUAUCUGGAAAGGAGUCCAAGCUGAGAAGGAGGCAUCUAGAUCCAUGGUCAACGAAGAACUGUUCGACCAAUUCGAUACCGAGUGGAGCAACAACCUCAUGCCCGACUUCGAGGGCAUGGGUGACUGGGGCCGCCUCGGCGACCCGGCCGUCGAGAACUACCUCUUCGAAGAGGACAACUUUUUCCGAGAGGAGAAGAACGCAUUCGACGAGGGUGUGCGCAUUAUGAAGGAGGGCGGUAACCUCUCCCUGGCAGCCCUUGCCUUCGAGUCAGCCGUACAACAAUCACCCGACCAUGUUGAUGCGUGGGUAUAUCUGGGGACAGCACAAGCACAGAACGAGAAGGAGACGGCAGCGAUUCGAGCCCUGGAGCAGGCCCUGAAGCUGGAUCCCAAUAACCUCGCGGCCUUGAUGGGCCUGGCUGUAUCGUACACCAACGAGGGCUACGAUAGCACGGCAUAUCGGACCUUGGAGCGGUGGUUGUCGGUAAAGUAUCCCAGCAUCCUGAACCCCAAGGACCUACACCCACCAGCCGAGAUGGGCUUCACAGACCGCCAGCAGCUACACGACAAGGUCACCAACCUGUUCAUCAAGGCAGCCCAGAUGAGCCCGGACGGCGAGCACAUGGACCCAGAUGUCCAGGUCGGCCUGGGUGUCCUGUUCUACGGCGCCGAGGAUUACGACAAGGCGGUGGACUGUUUCCAGUCGGCCCUCCACUCGUCGGAGUUGGGAACCUCUAACCAGCAAGAGCAACUGCACCUCCUCUGGAACCGACUGGGUGCCACACUCGCUAAUAGCGGCCGCUCUGAGGAGGCCAUCGCCGCGUACCAGGAGGCCCUCUCAAUGGCCCCCAACUUUGUGCGUGCGCGCUACAACCUGGGUGUGAGCUGCAUCAACAUCAACUGCCACCAGGAGGCGGCAUGCCACUUCCUGGCCGCGCUGGAGAUGCACAAGGCCAUCGAGAAGUCGGGUCGCAGCAAGGCAUACGAGAUUCUCGGUGACAACGCCGGCGGCGUCGACGAGACGCUCGAGCGCAUGUCUGCCCAGAACCGCAGCAGCACCCUCUACGACACGCUGCGCCGCGUCUUCACCCAAAUGGGCCGCCGGGAUCUGGCCGAAAAGACGGUUGCCGGCGUGGACCCGGAUGUCUUCCGACCCGAGUUUGAGUUUUAA